CACACACGUGGACACACGACCAAAAAUGACCACUAGCAUGACAUCAUCGUGGCAGCACUGAGCUUAAGUUAUUUGUGUGCAGUCUGAGCCGUGUGUAACAUGCACAUUAUAAUCUCAUAGAUCCCUCACCCCACCCUUCACAGAGUCUUAAACCCACGCUGAAAAGCAAUGCAAAAAUCAUUCAUUAAAAAAAAAAAUGGACCCGAUAACUUUAACAGGAUAUGGAAGAAAAAAAAGGCGUAUGGCGACAGUCGAUAUUAAAACAUGCAGAGGCAGACGAGCUUGGGGCCUUACUGAGAGGAAUGAGACUGCAGCAGAGGCGAGAGGACAGGGAGAGAAAUGCUUACUGCAGCCCGCCACACUGAGCCAGAGUGAGAUGACUACUAUCAUUAUAACAUUGUUAUUUUCCCCUGCUCAGCUACCCAUUGAUUUGUGUAUGAAAACCUAGUGCUUUUCUUUUUCUUCUGCAUGCUUGCCCCCCUUCUGGGUUCCUGCUCUUUGAGUGAUCAGCUGAUGAAGAGGCUAGCAGCUCGCCGCUAUGCUGGCUUGCUAAUUCUCUCCCCUCCAGCUGCAGCCGAUCCAGCUACAACCCAUCCUGAUCCACAGAGCCAGACUGCAGACUGCAGCCAGGUGGAGGAGAACGGGGUCUUGGAGGACAUGGAAGAGGACAUCAGCCUGAAGAAACGGAAAGGUGAUCACCACGGCAACAAAGACUUAGAGUCACGAGACUCUGGCCAGGAGGCUGAAGGUGAAAAGGUCAAGAAACGCCGGGGACGACCUCCGGCGGAGAAACUGCUCCCCAACCCCCCCGAGCUCACCAAGCAGCUGAGCACACUGGUGGAUAUGGUCAUCAACUACAAAGAUGGGUUGGGCCGUCAGAUCAGCAAAGGCUUCAUCCAACUGCCUUCUAGGAAGGAGGUGUCAGAGUACUACGAGCUGAUCCGAAAGCCUGUGGACUUCAGGAGGAUCAGGGAGCGUGUGCGCAAUCAUAAAUACAGGAGUGUGGGAGAUCUGGAGAAAGACAUCAUACUGCUGUGUCACAACGCCCAGACCUUCAACCUGGAGGGAUCUCAGAUAUUUGAGGACUCGAUUGUUCUCAAGUCUGUGUUUGAGAGUGCACGACAAAGGAUUGUCAUUGAUGAUGAGGUGAAACAGGACAGCACUGCCAUCCGUGAUGAUGACGGAGGUCGAGACAAUCAGUUGGUUUCAUCAGCAGUGAAAAUGGCAACAAAGCAGGGGAAACAGAGGAUGAAGGAGGAGAGAAGCAGAAAGACGAAGGUCAAGAAGACAGUCUACAGUGAUGUAGACAGCGAUGAGGAUCUGGAGGACAAUACAGCUAAAGAUGAGGGUUGACCUGGAGGACCAAUGCUAGUUCAUUUAUCCUCCUUAUCCUCUUUCUUUCUAUCCACUGUGACUGUUUUUGCGUUGCAGCUUAUUCAUUUGCUCACCUUGCAAAAGGUUUGUCUCAUCUCAAGUCAAGAAAGCUACUCAAAGGAACGUCCUUAACUAAUUAUGUUGGUCCUCAAAUAAUUAAUGCAGCCUCAAAUGUUCAUGUCCUUUUACUGUUAUUUAGGUUUUUUUUAAUGAUGUUGCUCCCUCGGUCUUCAUGUGAAAGCUACUGUGUGUAUCCUUAAUGCUUUACCAGAGGAUAUCUCUCCACUCUUUUUCCAUUUGUUUUUUAAAUUAGAAUGUAUUUCUGCUGAGACGGAGACCACCCUCAGAGAGUGGCGCCUGUUGAUAACAUCUCUAUAUGUUGUGUACAGGUAUGGGAGAUGUCAGAACAUGGUUGGUCAGUUCUUCAAUAUGACCAGGAUGGACACUACUGGAUUGUUUCAAAUCUCAAAAUGUGUGGAUUUAAAAUGAAAUUUGAUUCUGUAAUAAAACUCCAAAUAGGAGAAGUGUAUUUGAA